AUAUCUUCCGGUUUAUGCUUCCGCUUCGACCAAUCAAACACCUAUGCCGUCGCGAGCACUCCCUUCGCCGUCACCGGCGAACCAACCGUCGUCAACUACUCUCAUCUCCCCGCCGCUCACACUCGCCGCCGUGGGCCUCUCUCUCUUCUUCACUCUCUCCCUCUGUUUCUGCAAAUCCACCCGCAAACGCCGCUCCUCCGCCGCGGUAAUCUCCUCCUCCACGCCGCCUCAGAAACCUCCCCUCCGCGAAUUCACCUACUCCUCCCUCCGGAGCGCCACCGCCUCCUUCUCCCCGGAGAACAAGCUAGGCCAAGGCGGAUUCGGCUCCGUCUUCCGCGGCACCUUACCUCACCCCUCCCCCGUCGUCGCCGUCAAGGUGAUGGACUCUGGAUCUCUCCAGGGAGAGCGUGAGUUCCAGAACGAGCUCUUCUUCGCAGGCAAACUCGAUUCACCCCGCGUGGUUUCCGUUAUCGGAUUCUCGCGCGAUCGAAAACGACGCCGUUUGGCUCUCGUCUACGAGAUGAUGGAUAACGGUAACCUCCAGGACGCGCUUCUCCACCGCAAGGCUCCCGAGCUUAUGGAGUGGGAGCGAAGGUUUUUAGUGGCUGUUGAUAUCGCCAAGGGGAUUGAGGAUCUCCACGGGUUGGAUCCGCCGGUGAUUCAUGGAGAUUUGAAACCGAGUAAUGUGUUGUUGGAUCGUGGAUUCAAUGCGAAGAUCGCUGAUUUCGGUUUGGCGAGGUUGAAGUCGGAUCAAGUGGCGGUUACGGUGGGGCCCGGGAGUGAUGAAGUAACGGUUACUGAAGUUAGGUUAGGGAGUAAUGAUGUUGAGAGUGUGGUGACUAGUGCUAGUGUGUGUGAUGAGUCUGUUAACUUUGGGUUCACUGAUCAGUCUCCUGUGAGUGUUUGUAAGGUUGUUGAGUCUCCGGAGACGUUGCAGGUUCCUAUGACGUCUCCGGAGACGUUGCAGGUUCCUGUGACGUCGCCGGAGACGUUGCAGGUUACUAUGACGUCUCCGGAGACGUUGGAGGUUCCUAUGACGUCACCGGAGACGGCGGGGAGUGUGUCUGUUUCUCCUGAAAUGGAGGUGAAAAGAAAUGGGAAAGAGAUGGAGGAUAAAGAAGGGAAUGGUGGUGGUGGUGGAGGGAAAGUGAAGGAUUAUGUGACGCAGUGGAUAGGCUCAGAGGUAAGGAAGGAGAGUGAGUGGGUUGCUGAAACUUCGGGAGCAGCGAUGAAGAAGAAGAGUCGCAAUAGACUUGAAUGGUGGCUUUCAUUAGAUGAGGAGGAUAAGGAGAAGAAGAAGAAGAAGAGUAGGAGGAUGGUGAGAGAAUGGUGGAAAGAUGAGUAUAGGAAAGAGUUAGCUAAGAGAGUGAAUAAGAAGAAGGAGAAGAAGAAGAAGAAGAAAACUUUGGAGUCUGAGUUUCACAGUGAUGAUGUGAGUAGCAGUAACAGUAUUACAAGUAGUAGCAUAGAUUGGUGGUUAGAACGGUUAAGCGGCGGUGAGCAAUUGAGAGCGCGGCGGAAGACCAGUGGCGAUUCAGCUAAGAGUUGUGGUGGAGUUAGUAGCACGCCGAGUAUGAGAGGGACUAUGUGUUACGUUGCUCCCGAGUGUUGUGUCUUAGUUUCAGGACGGCGUCCGUUAGAUGUAACGGGACCAGCGUCUGAGAUCAUACAGCGUGCGAAUCUUAUGUCGUGGGCACGGAAGCUGGCGAGAAGAGGGAGACUGGGUGAUCUGGUUGACGAAAAGUUGCAGUGUGUGGAUCAAGAACAAGCGGUUUUGUGUAUUAAGGUGGCUCUUCAGUGUCUGCAGAGAUCACCGGUCUCACGGCCUUCUAUGAAAGAUGUUUUAGGGAUGCUUACAGGAGCAAUGAGCCCGCCGGAGUUGCCUAGAGAGUUCUCACCGUCACCGCAGUCUCAGUUCCCGUUCAAGACACGAAGGAAGCAGCGUCGAUAAAGCGUUUUCUUACCAGUGUUAUUUAUUGACUUAGGAAGAUUUGUUUGAUGUCUUGUUUAUGUAGUUACAUGUUUGCGAUGUCUUUGUUAGUACUAUUGUUUAGUGUUAAGCUAUUUGAUUUAUCCUCUGUCUUAGCUCUGCUGUUCCUCAAAUCCAAGUCUGGUCCAAAAUUGCACAGAGUUAUUCUAAUUAAUCUAUUACAUUUACAAGUUUACUUGAGUUAUGUGAUUUGUAAUCCUAAU